AUGUCAAAGGCAAACAACAACGACAACCAGGAUCUACAAUAUCCUCCCUCUUCACAACACACAUCUCACUCCACAACACCCUCCCUCCACAACCAACCACUACUCGAAGACGCUCCCCCUUCCUACGACGCCGUCAUCGCAAAAGACAUCCCACAACUCCACGACAACUACGACCAUCUCAGAGGACCCCCUGGUCAACGCGGACGGGAUAUCAAAGACCGCAUCCCCUCCGAGUCUAUUGCUCGUCAUCAAUCGCAAGGAGGAAGCAACAGUGGUGGUGUAGGUAGUAGCAGCGGUGGUGGUGCAGGCCCUUCCUCUAUCUCGACCAGCGCAGCAGCAGCAGGAGGCGCUUAUGGAGCCUCCUCACCUUACGAACCCCACUACGGCGCCACCCGGGUGAUUGCCCAUUCUCCCACCUCAGCUCAGGCACCACCUUUAGGGUUGGCCGGCCAAAUCGCGCUCGGUCAGGACAGCGACGAAGACCUUCCCGGCGAUGACGGCAGUCACUCCAGCCUCGACAGCGACGAUUCCUACGAACGGUCAUGCUGGACAAUCGUCGGAGACCAGAAAGCGUGGAUCGCCCUCUUCUACAUGAUCGUCGUCCUCCUUCCCUGGACUAUCUUCUGUUUCGUCUGGGUCCUCGUCUUUGGUCUCGUCGCCAUGAUCAUGAUGAUCAUCCCCCCGAUCGGAUACCUCUUCACCGUCUUCGCAGUCUUCUCCAUCCGCGCCUUGGCUAGAGUCGACGUAGUCCUCUCGGCUCUCCUCGUUUCCAACACCGUCGCAGCCAAAUACCCCUACUUCACCCCGGAGGUUUUCAUCGGCCCAGAACCAGGUCCUGCGUGGCAAAACCCCCGAUUCUUCGGUUACACAAUGCCCCUCCCAACCUUCAUCCAACACAGACUCCAAAGUCGUCAUGCCGCCCGAAACCGUCGUCCCAAAAACCUCUGGCAUCGCGGUGCCAACCACAUGAAGACCAUCUUGGAUGGACAUACAACAAAGGGGUUCUUUUACUUUGUCGUCUGGAAGAUGAUGUUUGCGAUUCCAAUCUUCUGUGUGACGGUGGUGUUGUUUGUGUUGAAUGUGCCGUUCAUGGUCUGCUUCUUGCCAUCGCUUUUGAACAUCUCCAAGGCCUUUGCCAACUGGCAGUACCGCUGGGCCGUCACUUGGCUCUCUGGCAAACCUGCACCUAUUGUUCUUUAA